AUGACCGGCAUCAUGCUGCUCUUGGGCAUCACCUCCCUGGUGACGAGUCUCACCGACUCCAAGCCAUACAUCCACCUCCAGCUCGUGCCCCACAUUACAAAGUACCACCAGUUCUGGCGCGUGCUGAUACACCCGUUCGCGUUCGCCAACUCGACCGAACUGCUCAUGGCUGAGCUGCUGUUGUACGACGUCGGCGUGCGGAUUGAGCGCUCGUUUGGGUCAAGGAAAUAUGCCUCCUUCAUCGUUGUCUCAACAGUUCUCUCCACCGUCCUCGCGUGCGCGGCCAUCAUCCUCGGUCACAAGUUUGGCCUCAACGUGAUCCCCGCCGGGCCUUAUGGAAUCAUCUUUAGCUUGCUAUGGCAAUACCACCGCACCGUGCCGAGCCUGUACGCCUUCCGCUUCCUGGGCUUCCCUUUCUCGUCCAAGACCAUGUCGUACAUCCUUGCCUCCCAGCUCGUCCUCUCCCAGCUGCCAGGCAGCGCCCUCGCGUCGGCCUGCGGUCUGGUGACGGGCUACCUCUAUCGCACAGACACACCCUUCUUGCUCCCCUCGGUGUCGCGCCCGCGACGUCUCUGGCGCCCGCUCAAGGCCUACCGCGUCCCCCUCAGUGUGCACAACCUCCUCGCGCGCAUCUUCACCCCUCUGCUUGGCAACUCGGCGCCACCCCGCAGGUCCACGCGCGUGCUGCCCGGUCAAAUUCGGGACGCGGCAGACGACGCGGCGGUGGCCCCGCCCCCCACGGGUCUGCGUGGGUUGGCCGCGCGCGCCGGCCUCGCCACAGCGGCGCCCACUCGCCGUCCCACAGCAGUGACCACUGCCGCCGCCGCCGGUGGCGAGGUGACGCCGGCCGGCAACGGCAACGGCGAGCCAGGCGCCCGUGCUGCGAUGGGCGAGUGGGUCAACGAGAUGACCGGUAGGGGCGGGACGCGUGCCCCGACCGAGCAGGAGAUUGCAGCGCUCUCCAACAUGUUCCCCAAUCUCUCCCGCGAGACCGUCGUCCGUGCUCUGCAACGUAGCGACUUCAACACAGCGCUCGCUAUCGAGGCGCUCCUCGUGCAGGGCUCAUAG